AUGGACGUCGAUCCGUCGCUGGAGAUGGACGAGGAGCGCGCUCACUUUGGCAAAGUGCUAGCUGGGUGGGAUGCAUACCUACAGUACGAGCUAGAACUAAACAAUGAUCGCCGAAAAGCACUGUACUCGCUGCCUCGCGCACACCAAAAACUGCUCGGUGCACUGCAAUGCACGCUCCCGAUGCCAGUGCUUCCUACACGCACCGCACCGGGACACGGCGGAGUGCGCGAGCGCAUUGCUGAGAUAGACGAUCGGAUCCGACGCAACGCCCAUGUGCUUUCUCAGAUUGCCGAGUUCUGCCGCGAUUUCCUAGGCGAGCGUGUAGAGGUACAGGAAACAGGCACGACAAAGCACGUCGCCGACGCCGAUGCCGACCGCGUGCGUACCGUCAUACGUCAGCUCGCGCGCGAUUGGAGUGCUCAAGGGAAGCAGGAGCGCGACGCGGCAUACACGCCCAUUGUCGAAGCGCUCUGCGCGCGUUUUCCAGCCGUGCGCAAAAAGGUGCGUCUGUUGGUUCCUGGCGCUGGGCUCGCGCGCUUGGCGUUUGAUCUUGCGAUGCUGGGGUUCAGCGUGCAAGCCAACGAAUUCAGCUACUUUAUGCUUAUUCCGUCGCACUUUAUCCUGAAUAAUAGCACGCGUGUGCACGAGCAUGUCGUGUAUCCCUUUGUGCACAGCGUAAGCAAUUGGCGCAGCGCAACCGAGAUGCUUGCGCCGGUCGAGAUUCCCGAUGUGCUCCCUUCGACACUCCCUGAAGAUGCAGAGUUCAGCAUGGCUGCGGGCAGCUUUGUUGAAGUCUAUGCCAAAGAGAAGGAGUGCGCGGCGUGGGACGCUGUUGCUACGUGCUAUUUUAUGGACACGGCCAAGAAUGUGCUGCGGUACAUGGAAGUGAUCAACCAUACGCUGCGGCUCGGUGGCUACUGGGUCAAUCUCGGCCCGCUCCAGUGGCAUUUUGAGAACGACGCAGCGCCGAGUCUGGAGCUUACAUUGGAAGAGCUCGUGCCGCUCUUUGGCAUGAUGGGCUUCGAGCUGGAGGAGCGGCGCACCUUGCGUCCACAGACAUACACGGCAAACUCGGAGAGAAUGCUACAGCAUCAUUACGCCCCCGAGUUUUGGGUAUGCCGCAAGGUGCGUGAACAUAGCAUCGCACCGGCUGUAUAA